AUGUCCUUAACAGUGCGUUCUUUUUUGAACCUCCUAAAAACAACACCAGUAACUAGCAGCACUAUAAGGAUUGUAUGUGGUAAUGAAUCAGCAGAUUUAGAUUCUGUCACCAGUGCGAUAAGUUUUGCCUAUUUUAAAUUUGUUGAAAACUCAAAAGAUGCUCAGCCAAUUAUUCCAAUCAUCAAUAUUCCAAGAGAAGAUUUGAAGUUGAGAAGAGAUAUUAUCCAUGUGCUAAAUGAUGUUAAUAUAAGUGAAGAUCUUCUUUUUUUCCUAGAAGAUGUUAAGCAAUUGCAAGAAAGCAACAAAACUAUUGAGGCUAUCCUUGUGGAUCAUAAUGAAGCUGUUAAUGAGGCCAAAAAAUACAUUACAAAAGUGGUUGGUGUAAUUGAUCAUCAUAAAGAUAUGAAUCAAUAUUUAGAUGCAUCACCUAGAAUCAUUAAAGUAUGUGGUAGUUGUACAUCUUUGGUGUACAACUAUUUUGUGAAUGAGAUUCUACCGAAGGAUUAUAAACCAGGUCAUGACGUCACACAACUAUGCUUGGCUGCUGGGUUGGUGGAUACUACAAAUUUUAGUCAUAGAGUGGAACAACCGGAUUUAAUUAGUAAAGAGUUGUAUUCUAAAUAUGCCUCAGACGUUGAUAUGGAUGUAUAUACCAAAGUUAUCAAGAAUGCAAAAAAUGAUAUUUCUGGUUUCACUGCAAGGGAUCUACUAAGAAAGGAUUACAAACAAUUUGAAUUCUGGAACGAUAAGGGUAUUCACAAUGGGAAAUUAACCAUGGGUAUAUCAUCUAUAGUGAAACCUAUGUAUUGGUUAUAUGAGGAAUUUGGCGGUUAUAAGGAACUUAAAGAAGAUUGUGUUAGAUAUAGAGAGGAGAAAAACGUUGAUAUUUUGACUAUUAUGACGUCAUUUGUAGAAAAUGGUAAAUUCCAAAGACAAAUGACAAUGAUACCAUCUGAUGAGGUUAAAUCUAUUGCUAAGGAGAUGGUUAGUAAUAUUACAGAGUAUCUAGAACUUGAAAAAUCUGAGAGUGAUAUAAUGAGUACCACUUCAUCUACAAAUUUGACUGACGAUGAAGAAUUCCAACAAUAUGAACAACAAAAUGUAGAGGCAUCAAGAAAACAAGUGGCACCUUCCCUUCAAAAGGCAUUUCACGAUUUAUAA